UCUGGACCUGGCUUCGGCGCGAUGGCGGGAAAGGCUCUGCUCACGGCGGGCCGGCAGCUUAGCCAACGCGCGGGGUCUGGCGCCCCUAUCCUCCUGCGGCAGAUGUUUGAACCGGUCAGCUGCACCUACACGUACCUGCUGGGUGACAGGGAGUCCCGAGAGGCCGUGCUGAUCGACCCGGUUCUGGAGACCGCGACGCGGGAUGUCCAGCUGGUGAAGGACUUGGGGCUGCGGCUCCUCUACGCUGUGAAUACGCACUGCCACGCGGACCACAUUACGAGCACAGGGGUGCUCCGCUCCCUCCUCCCGGGCUGCCGAUCCGUUAUCUCUCGCCUUAGCGGGGCCCAGGCCGACCUGCACAUCGAAGACGGAGACUCCAUCCGCUUCGGCCGCUUUGCCUUGGAGACCCGGGCCAGCCCUGGCCACACCCCAGGCUGUGUCACCUUUGUCCUGAAUGACCACAGCAUGGCCUUCACUGGAGAUGCCUUGCUAAUCCGAGGGUGUGGACGGACAGACUUCCAGGAAGGCUGUGCUAAGACUUUAUAUCACUCGGUCCACGAAAAGAUCUUCACUCUGCCAGGCGACUGUCUCAUCUACCCAGCUCACGAUUAUCGCGGGCUCACAGUGUCCACUGUGGAGGAGGAACGGACUUUGAACCCUCGGCUGACGCUCAGCUGUGAGGAAUUUAUCAAGGUCAUGGACAACUUGAACUUGCCCAAGCCUCAGAAGAUAGAUGUUGCUGUUCCAGCCAACAUGCGCUGUGGGAUCCAGACACCCCCCUCUUGACCUCACUAUCAGGUG